ACUCAUCGGCUAUCGCAUCAUCCCAUCGAUAGCUCUCUCAGCACCUGCUUCUCUUUCCUGCCUGCGUACACCGAUCGAUAUACCGUACGCACACAGACCACGGCGAAAACUGAGGAUGCAGCAUGCCAUGGUGAGCGUUGCGACGGGCGUGCUGAGCCCCCUCCUCGGCAAGCUCUCAGCCCUGGUGGAGAAGGAGUACGCACAGCUCAAGGGCGUGCGCAAAGAGACCAUCUCUUUACAGGAGGAGCUGAGGAGCAUGAACGCUCUGCUCGAGAGGCUGGCGGCCGAGGACGACCCCGACGUCCAGGUGAAGGAGUGGAGGAACCAGAUCCGGGACCUCUCCUACGACAUCGAGGAUUGCGUCGACGACUUCCUGCGUCGCGUGGAGCACGACCACGGCAGCAAGAAGCCCGACGUGGGCUUCUUCCAGAAGAACAUCUCCAAGCUGAAGGCGCUAGGGGCUCGCCACGACAUCGCCGAGAAGAUCCGGGAGCUGAAGGCUCGCGUCGACGACGUGAGCAAGCGGCGCAGCCGCUACAACUUCGAAGGAGCCAGCAGCUCUGCCGGCCCUGCCGCCGCUGCGGUGCCCAUCGACCCUCGGCUGCCCGCUCUCUAUGCCACGGCGCCGGGGAGCCUUGUCGGCAUCGACGGGCCAAGGGAGGAGAUCAUUAAGUUGUUGACUGAGGGAGAAGGGGAGCUGGGGAAUACUAGGCUCAUGGUGGUCUCCAUAGUGGGGUUUGGAGGGCUAGGCAAAACUACUCUCGCAAGCGAGGUGUACCGUGAACUGGGAGAGCAGUUUGACUGCCGGGUGAUCGUAUCGGUGUCCCAAAGCCCCGACAUAAUCAAGAUUAUUACCAAGAUUCUAUCGCGAGCCAAGGGGCAACCAUCUCACAUGUAUGAUGCCAGAGAUCAGCAAGAUCUAAUCGAGGAACUUAGAAGCUAUCUGCUACACAAGAGGUACUUCCUUGUAAUUGAUGAUAUAUGGGAUAAACAUGUGUGGGAGGUUAUUAGCUGUGCAUUUCCGGACAAUAAUCACGGAAGCAGAGUGAUAACAACUACACGAGUUGAGAGUGUGGCUAGAGCAUGUUGUAUCCAUCGCCGUGAAUGCAUCUAUAAGAUGAAUCCACUCAAUGGAGAAGACUCAAGAAGAUUAUUUUUUAAUAGAAUAUUUGGCUCUCAAGGUGCCUGCCCUAGUGAGCUGCAAGAGGUUUCAUCUAAAAUUUUAAGGAAGUGUGGAGGUUUGCCGCUAGCCAUUAUUACUAUAGCUAGCCUUUUAGCUAGCCAAGCAGGCGAAGUGAAGGAAUAUUGGGAGUACCUGCAGAACUCCAUGGGCUCCAUUGUCGGGACAGAUUGCAGCUUGGAGGUGAUGAGACAAAUACUAAACCUUAGCUACAAGAACCUUCCUCCUCAUCUCAAGACUUGCUUUCUGUAUCUUGGGGCGUAUCCAGAAGAUACCGAGGUCUGGAGGGAUGAUUUGGUCAGGCAAUGGGCAGCUGAAGGCUUUGUGGGCAGAAUGCCUGUGGGGGCCGUCGGAGUUGCAGUCAACUGUUUCAACGAGCUGGUAAACAGAAGCAUGGUUCAGCCGGUGAAGAUUGACUACAAUGGCGAGGUCUUGUCCUGCAGGGUGCACGAUAUGAUGCUUGAUCUUAUCAUUCGAAAGUACUCUGCAGAGGAGAACUUCCUCACCGUGGUAGAGCAUUCACAGGAGAUCAAGAUCAGGGGAUGGACCCACAGUGUUCGUCGGCUGUUCCACCUCUCCGAUGCAGCAGAAAGGCGUCGCGAUAUGCGAAUAGCAGCGGUGGACAUUGAUCCGUCAAAACUUCGAUCUUUUUCAACCCUCGGGAGCUCCACCCUGGGCCAUAUCCCACCCUUGUCGGAGUUGAAGUUCAUCCGAGUCCUGAUCCUUGAGUUCCUUUUCCCCACGAAGGCGAGUGAUGCAAGGACGGUCAACCUCACUGCCAUAUGCAAACUGUUUCAGCUGCGAUAUCUCAAGAUCCGAAGCGAAGUUGCGAUGCUGCUACCUACUCAGAUUCGAGCGCUUCAACAUCUAGAGACACUGGAGAUAGUCAGCCCAAGAAAAAAGAUGAGCAUUGCCUUGCCAUCGGACGUUGCUCAGCUCCCCUGCCUGUCUUACCUCAGCAUCCUGCCGUGCAUGGCAAGCCUGCCAGACGACAUUGGCGCUAUGAGAUGCCUGCGCUCCCUGGCGUCCAUUGUUCUGGAAGAGAACUCGCUAGACAUCAUCAGGGGGCUCCGGCAUCUCACUAACCUGAAAGAGCUCUACGUCCGUGUCCCAGUAGAUGACCGCUUCGUUGAGACGGCGGAGGCGCGCGUCGACGUUCUGUACUCUUCUCUCCCGGAGCACGGCGACUGCAAGCUGUAUCUCACGGCCUGGUCUCCCUGGGCGUGGUUCCCAGUGGUUCCCCAGUGGGUUGGCCGCCUGGAGAAGUUGUACAGUUUGGAGAUCGGCGUCGAAGAGCUGUGCAGGGAGGGCGUCGCCGUCCUCGCAGGGCUACCCGCCCUUGUCCGCCUCGACCUGUGGAUCCGGGCCGCCCCGAGAGAAGGCAUCGUCAUCGCCGGCACAGGGUUCCCCGUCCUCAAGCACCUCAUAGUCACCUGCAGGGCGCUGCGCCUGACCUUCGAGGCCGGUGCAAUGCCCAGACUCCAGAAGCUCAAGCUGGAAUUCAACGCGGACGGAGCGGCCGCGGAGCAGGGCGGGUGCGACAAUAAUGCCCUCGCCGGCGUCGAGCACUUGUCGGGACUCAAAGAGAUCUACGCUCGUAUUGGGGGCUUCGGCAGAAGGACUGCGGUGUCCGCGCUGAGGGACGCCAUCGGCUUGCACCCGAGUCGUCCACGCGUGGACAUCAUCUGCAUGCAGGGGAGAUACGGAUGACCAGAGAGACCUCAGCGACUAACAGAACGCCAAUAAUUUCCCAAGUGGCAGAGCCAGAAUUUCAUUGCUAGAUGUGCCGGCCGCAACUAGUUGCUAGAGCCCAGAGGGAUGAGGCAGCCCGACCGCCGCAUGUUCGCUCCUGCCGCAACAUGGCGUGCGGCGCCCACCGCUAGUCGCCACAGCCCAGAGGGAUGAGGUGGCCUGACCGCCGCCGUCGUGCGCGUGCCAGCCACGGUGGUCCAGAGGGAUGAGGAUUACACUGAUUGUAAAGGGCUAACUUGAAUUUAGACUUGACAGUAGUCUUGUCGAUGGUAAUAGACUUAGGUGAGAUAUAUAAUUAUGAUAUUUUGGAUCAAAAUUCAGGGUAGUUCUAGCUUACUCGGACUACCCUUUAAAUCUAUCUAUGGGGUUAUCCUUCAAUAAUGUUUCUGACACAAAAAUAGACUG